AUGGCUUGGCCCCCAUGUAGUCAAGAAGAAUCUGUAGUCUACGGCCAGUUCAAGGUCGCUUUUUCUGCGACGCCGAUGUGGCAGAAAUGCGUAAAUAAUACUGACAAUUCGAGCAGUAACGUAUCCAACAAUGGAUGCGUUCAGUGGGUUUAUGAGAAUCCAAAUUCCUUGGUUGCAGAGUUCCAGCUAGCUGGUCAAGAGUGGAAGAGGACGCUAAUCGGGACGAUGCACAAUAUUGGGUACAUGGUCGGUCUGAUCAUAGUCGGAAGUUUUUCGGACAGGUUCGGGAGGAAAAAUGCUGUCGCUAUCACCGCAACUCUUGGUGGAUUUUUGGGAUUGGCUAAAAGUUUUUCGCCGUCAUACUGGUUGUACAUUGCUUUGGAGUUUGCGGAAGCCACAUUCGGGGACUGCUACUCCCCGGCUUAUAUUUUAACGACUGAAAUUGUCUCCUUGAAAGACAGGUUAAAGUUUAUUUCUAUAUGCAAAGUUGGUUGCUCGUUAAGUGGCAUUGCGUUAUCUGUAGCAGCUUGGCAGGUACCGUAUUGGAGGACAUUAUUAAGAGUUUUAUACACGCCAGCACUUUUGUUCUUCACAUACAAGAUAUUCCUAUACGAAAGUCCUAGAUGGUUACUCAUCAAAGGCGAUAGGAAAAAAGCGGCCGACAUAUUGAUCGCGGCUGCGAAAAAGAAUAAAAUAGAACUGUCUAGUAAAAUACUUGAAGGUUUAACAGUUGAUGAAGCGAAGCCCAUAAAUUUCUUGGACGUCGUCAAAAGUACCUUUCGAUCUAAUAAGCUGCGGGGAAGAGUUGCUAUGUGCUUAGUGUGGUGGAUCACUUCGGCUUUUGUCAGCCAUGGUAUGUCUAUCAACUCCGUUUUCCUUAGCGGUUCCAAGUUCAUUAACUUCGGAUUGCUGUCUGUCCUCAGAUUACCUGGAUUGUUUAUUAUAAUGUAUAUCUUGACUUACGGUAAACGGAAGUUCCCACUUAUGUGCUGCUUCUUCGCCGGCGCUAUUCUAUGUGUCUCGCAACCGUUUAUACCGCCAAACUUGUCGUGGCUUUCGGUUAUGAUAUAUGUUAUUGGAGAUUUGAUGUCGAGCUUUUUCUUUUACAUUACUUACUUAUAUACAUCGGAGUUGUUUCCGACUUACACAAGAAACACGAUGCAUGCACUUUGCUCCUCUGUCGGAAGGAUUGGAUCCAUCCUUGCACCGCAAACACCGUUGUUGAUUUCAUAUUGGUCCGGUCUACCGUCAAUGGUUUUUGGUUUGGCUUCGUUACUUGCCGGAUUGAUAACUCUGUUAGCACCGGAUGUAUCUAACGAAGCCUUACCGGAUACGGUGGAACAAGCUGAGGCUCUCGGAAGAAAAAAGUUGCAAACUAAGAACUUAUCGUCCGAGAUAUCAAGAAUU